UCUGCGCUUUUGCCUAAAAUGGCCAAGCAAAAUUCUCCUUCACUAAUUGAAGUUGUAAAACAAGUUGCAGAGCAGCAGCAUUCACAAGUGUCAGAGAUAGAAAAAAGUAAAACAGUUAUUUUCCAAUUGCAGGCAAAGUUUCAGGAACUAGAGAAAGAAAUGGAUUCUAUUCUGUUAGAAAUGAAGAUGACAGAAAGGGAAAUAUAUCUGCAAGAUGAUGCCAUAGAAGUGACAAAAUAUCACUGUGAAAAUCUGGAGGCCCAAGUCAGAGCCCUAUAUUCUGAAAAUUUAAAGCUGAGGCAUGAUGCAGAAACAGUACAAGAAGAGUUUGAGAUAACAUUUGCAAGAAAUAAUGAAUAUCGAGAAAAAAUAAAGGCUCAUAAACAUCUCUUUUGGGAUAUGGAAAGUAAAAUGCCAGUUAUGAUUGAGCUUGCUAAAAAGAAAGCUUUUGUUAAAGAAUUAAGGACAAAGAAAGAGGAGUUAAUGCGUGACCUCCAGAAUCCAGAAGGAUCUGUUAUAAAACAAGUCCAGGAAGAAAUUACACUUUUAAAAAGGGAAAUCACAACAUUGAAAGAGUUCAUUAAUAAAAAAACAGAUUUGCUGGAAGAAGAGAAAAAAAUGCAUGCUAAGCUUAGAAAAGAAAUUGAGGUACAGAAUAAAAGAUAUGAUGCUAUUCUAAAACGUUUGCAUUGCCAACUGAACAAACUCCAUUCAAAUAAAAGACAAUGGCACUGGAAUAUUCAGCAGUUGGAGAAGAAGGCAGCAGAACUGAGAAAGUGUCUUGGAGUAGUGGAGUUACAAAGUGGCAUGUAAAACAGACCUGACAAAGCUACAAUGUGGGUAGUGUUUUCCAGACAGAGGAGAUUUUUUCUGGAAAUGCUACAAAUAGUAAAUAGCCCGAUAGCUGGGCCACGGCUCAGUGAUUUCUUUCUUUUUAAAGUUUUUCUCCCUUUCAUUCUGUGGCCUAAACUAGGCUCUGCUCAAUCUGUAAUGCUUUGGAAU